CGCGAGUUCGAGUGCAUGAACGAUGAGCACACGUCAUGCAAGACCGGCCAGUAUACGAAAGACCUGUCUCGUAAGGUCAUCUCCGAUCAUUUUGGUCGCAACAAGGCGUGCACCCGGCUCAUCAAGUCAUGGCCUUUGUUCUGCCGCAAGCAUUACCAGCGCGCCACCUACAACACCGCGAAGUGGCAGGUCCGAAAGAUCGAGCUCAUCCUCCGACAGUUCGACAUUAUCGAAGGCCAGAUCCCGGGCACCACAUAUAACGUCGUCCUCAAGAAGUCGGAGGAGCAGCGCUUGAACACCUACUCCCGCAAGUUCACUUCCAAUCACGGCAACGCCGACGAGGCCGCUGCUGCCGUCGUUCCGGAUGAGGGUAAGCAUUUUGAAGCACCCAUCAAUGUCCUACGCGAGCUGGAGCUUGACCUCGGCCCCAACAAGUCGAUCCACGAGGUGAAGGGGACGGUCAACCUGAUCCUGGACAUGCUGAAGAAGGAAGAGACGAAGCAGGUGCCGUCGAUCGAGUUCCUCCCGGAGCUUGACGAGGAGGGCAGGCCUACCAAGGGCAAGACUCCCAAGAAGGCUCGCGUCUCCAAGAAGGGCGCCGUCAAGAAGACCAAGGCCUCCCCCAAGUCCAAGAGC